UCCGCUACCAGUGGCCCCCUGCCAUAUUUAUUCAUGCCGGGCAAGAUGGCGGCGAUACGGACGAUGUGUUAUUGCCAGUGGACAUAAACAGGCAUUUUAUUCAAAAUUCAAAACCGAGUCAGAUACAUUCACACACUCGACCGUAUCGUGUGUUUAGUGACAGCGCGGCGAGCGUCGACGUCUUUUUUAAUUCACGCGUUUCUACGUUUUUUUCUCACAAAAUGUUCACGUUGUAGCUCGCUCGCUAACCGACCAGCUGGCUAACAGAGAGCAGUUACUAGCUAGCUAUCUAUCACAGCCAAGCCGCCGUGAAGUGGAUAAUGGGAGAAAAGCUGGAGCUAAAGCUCAAAUCGCCGGUUGGAGCAGAACCUGCUGGCUACCCGUGGCCGUUACCAGUAUACGAUAAACACCAUGAUGCUGCUCAUGAAAUCAUCGAGACCAUUCGGUGGGUGUGUGAGGAGAUCCCUGACCUCAAACUGGCCAUGGAAAACUAUGUACUCAUUGACUACGACACCAAGAGCUUCGAGAGUAUGCAGAGACUUUGUGACAAGUACAACAGGGCCAUCGACAGCAUUCACCAGCUGUGGAAGGGGACCACCCAGCCCAUGAAGCUAAACAAGCGUCCUUCCAACGGGCUGCUGAGACACAUCCUACAGCAGGUGUACAACCACUCAGUGACCGACCCGGAGAAGCUGAACAACUAUGAGCCCUUUUCCCCCGAGGUGUACGGAGAGACCUCUUUCGACCUGGUGGCUCAGAUCAUUGAUGAGAUGGAAAUGAUGGAAGAUGACACCUUUGUUGACCUUGGCAGUGGAGUGGGGCAGGUAGUGCUGCAGGUUGCAGCAGCAACCAACUGUAAACACUACUACGGUGUAGAGAAAGCAGACAUUCCAGCUACCUAUGCAGAGUCCAUGGAUAAAGAGUUUAAAAAGUGGAUGAAAUGGUAUGGGAAGAAACAUGGGGAGUACACACUGGAGAGGGGGGACUUUCUGUCUGAAGAAUGGAAGGAAAGGAUCGCCAACACAAGUAUUAUUUUUGUGAAUAACUUUGCCUUUGGUCCAGAGGUAGAUCACCAGCUGAAGGAGCGCUUUGCUAACAUGAAGGAAGGUGGAAAAAUUGUAUCCUCCAAACCUUUUGCACCUUUAAAUUUUAGAAUAAACAGUCGAAACUUGAGCGAUAUUGGCACAAUAAUGCGUGUGGUGGAGCUUUCUCCACUGAGGGGCUCCGUGUCCUGGACUGGAAAGCCGGUGUCCUACUACCUGCAUACCAUAGAUCGCACUAUACUUGAAAACUAUUUUGCUAGUCUCAAAAAUCCUAAACUCAGGGAGGAACAAGAGGCAGCUAGGCGACGUCAGCAGAAGGAUACGAAGGACAGUAAAAGCAAUAGCACCACGCCCACAAAACCGAAAGAACAAAACAAGCAGGACUCCUGCAGUGAGGAAGAGCGUCCUACCUUGGUGACAGUGGUCAAGCCCUCUGCCAAACCCCGAAGAGCUCGGCUCUUGCCCAAAGCUCGCAAGCUGAACAACAAGAAGCGUGGUCGACCCAAGAAGGCCGCCCCGGCUGCUGAGAAGAAAAACAAGAAGAAUCAGAGCGCGUUGGAUCUGUUGCACGCCAAGACCCUUUCUGCAGCACCCCCUCAGGAUGCAUACCGGCCACCUCCCUUCUACCAGCUACCUCCCAAGGUCCAGCACUAUUCCUCUAGUCAACUGCUUCUGAGCCCGACUCCUCCUGGUCUGCAGCAACUGCUAGAUAACAUCAAAGUUCAAUACCUCCAGUUUAUGUCCUACAUGAAGACCCCUCAGUACCGCUCCAACCUGCAGCAGCUUCUAGAACAGGAGAAGCAAAAACACAGGGACCUGUCAGGGCAGGCGGAGCAGCUCCACUCUGUUUGUCAGACUCACAAGGACAAGAUCAAAGGUCUCUUUCAGACCAAACUAGAUGAGCUGGGAGUGAAAGCCUUGACUGUGGAGGACCUGCUGCAGGCCCAGAAGGAGAUAUCAGCCCACAAUCGUCAGCUGAAAGAGCAGACGAAGCAGCUUGAGAGAGAUAUGGCCUUGCUGAGAGACCACAGUCUGCUACUGCUGAAGUCUCGAUGUGAGGAGCUGAAGCUUGAUUGGGGCUCUUUGUGUCUGGAGAGUUUGCUGAAGGAGAAGCAGGCACUGCGCAGACAGAUCUCUGAGAAACAGAGACACUGCUUGGAACUGCAGAUCAGCAUUGUGGAGCUGGAGAAAAGGCAAAAGCAGCAGGAGCUGUUCCACCUGAAAUACAGCCCCUGCGACGGCUCCCCAUACAGAAAGAGCCUGGAAUCACGCUCUUCCAAUGACAUGGACUCCUCUAAGCUCGGGCUGUCCUCGGCCCCAGCCCUCAAUGGUGUCAGCCCAGAGCUGUCCAUGAAUGGCACCAGCUCACCGUGUUUAGACCGGGCCAACUCCAAGGGGGAGCUCCUUUCUCGCUACCUGCCCAUCUCUCCAGACCACGAGAUUGUGCCCACCAUCCCUGAUGCCAGGCAGAGGCAGCAAGGUUCCUCCCACGCUCUUCCUGAUUACACACGCUUCUCCCCUGCCAAGAUUGCCUUGCGGAGGCACCUUAACCAGGACCCCACUGCUUCUGCUCACUUGAGAGGCCCAGGGCUGAACACACACAGGGAUUUGGGUGGCAUUAACUCUCCGCUUGGAGCCAAACUGAACUGCCCCUCUCCCAAUGCAUCUGAUGCCCAGAAUAAAGGCUUCGAGAGGGGUGGUAAGGAGAGGAGCCCAUCUGUUCAGGGUGACAACAGCAUUACGAGCCUUCCAAUAAGUAUCCCUCUCAGCACUGUACACCCAAGUAAACUACCAGUCAGCAUCCCACUGGCCAGCGUGGUGCUGCCUAGUCGUGCUGAGAGACUGAGAAGUACUCCGAGUCCUGUGUCUCAGGCAGGUCAGACAAAUGGAUAUUCAUCCAGCUCAGGGCUGAUGAAUGGCGGUCCCCAUCCUGAGGACCACAAUGGUGCUUCUUCAUCACCUCCUCCACACCCCAACACUCCUCUGACAGGACCAAUGGGCAGAGGAGGUCCCAUCCAGAGCCCACCGCUCAGCACUGGCGGGGUGCUCCAGUAUGCAGACGGACCCCCGAGGAUUCUUCCGGAAGAGGGACAGGAUCGCCAAGGAGGUGAAUCUGACACGGAGCCCCAGGACAGUGAACUGCGUAGGAGAAUCUUCUUCUCUUCUUCCUCCUCUUCAUCCUCGUCUUCCUCUUCGUCAGGCAGUGGAGGCAGCACGGCCGGAGGAUCACGCCUCCACCAUCACACUGGCAACAAGCAGGGAUACCACAGUAACCAUGGAAACCACCACCACCAGUCUCCCGGCACACAGCACACUCAGACGCCCACGCAUAUUUCGUCAUCGCACUCCUCUCAUGGCCUCGGCUCUCAAGAGGGACGUAAGCGGGGGAGAAGGAAACGCAGCUCUACGGUGGCUGUCAAUGCCAGCGGAUCCCCAAAGAGGAGGUCGUUCCCCGGGCUCAGCUCCAACAACCACUCCUCAGGAUCGCCACUCAACAUCAACUCCAUGGUGAACAACAUCAACCAGCCACUGGAGAUCUCUGCCAUCUCCUCCCCAGAACAAUCAAGCCGCAGCCCCAGCGGGCCUGACCUGGACCAGCCUCCCAUCUUAAAGAGAGAGCGCCCCCUGGAGCUCAAUGGCACAGGUCGUUACUCCUCGGCCCCCAGCUCUGAUGACGAGGACUCAGGAUACCCUGCCGACAGCUCCAGCUCGCGAAUUGAAAGAAAAAUUGCCACUAUAUCCUUGGAGAGCAGAGAUGGACCUGGCAGACUCGGGGAUGGUGAAAGAGUCAGGAAGUCUGGUAGCAGCAGUGGUAACAGCACAGGCAGCGAGGCCUCCUCUUCGUCCUCUUUGUCCUCCACCAGCAAGUGGAAAUCCACCUUUUCUCCCAUCUCUGACCCCAAGCAGCCCAACUCUGACCUAAGACAGGGAGGCUCUCCGUUCGGCAUGGGUGGGUCGAGCCGGGGCACGGACUCAGAUUCUGACCACAAGCAACAGCAUCAGCAGGUGAGGAAAGGAAGUGACGGAGAGUCGUCCAGCUACAUGAACCCCAACCCCUUCCUCAGUCAGGAGGCAGGGCCCCGGGGUGGAGGUGGCAGUGGUGGUGGUGGUACCCAGGGCGGCAGCGGCUCAGACCAACGCCAGGCCCUCCAGAAACAAAAGGCCCCUCGGGACUGGGAGCUGAAGACGAGCAGUAGCCUGGCCAGUCAGAACCUCUUCAUAUCUGCUGCAGCCAACAGCGGAGCGGGUAUUCUGAGUGGGAAGGUGGGGGGCAGUCCUGUAGCAGUUUCCUCGACCACAGGAUCCUCUGUGGGACAGUACCUGGGGUCUCAGUUCCCGCUCGGAGGGACCUCAGUCUUACAAUCGUUGUUCGGGGCCCAGACAGGCGGAUCCACGGUGAGUGGGACUCCGAGGCUUGUCAACGGACACUCUGCCCUGGGAAGCUUCUCCAGUGCUGGGCUGGCAGGGGGAGCGGCUGGAGGUAAUUGUUGAAAACUACCUCAAAAUUAAAUAAACUAUGCAAAUGUCCAGGUGUGGACCAAGGCACUCUCCUCACUCACUGGUGCUUCGUAACGUCUGCACUACCCAACCGCCUCCAAGACCGGCUUCUGUACUGGGAUCUCUGAGACUCACACACACACAGACACACAGACACACACACACACACACACACACACUAACCACCACUAUGGUCACCUUGAGCAGAAUUCAUAGGUACUGGUCAUGUUUCUGUGUAGAGUGUGAAAAUGUACUGGCUGCUGCUCAGCAUUGAAUGAACUUAAUUAUCAAGAUGUCUGGUUUAAAUUAAAGGUGCUCAGUAGUUUGACCGUGUGUCUCUUUGUCUUAGUCACUAUUAUAGCAACUAGCAAAAUAAUCUGAAUGAUUUAAUGUAACUUGUAAGAACAGAUUGAAGCACAUAGUCCACCUUUUUCUGAAUCUCAUCACGUGUCAGGCUCCCUCCAAAGUUUCACCUCAUACGAGUGCAUGUGUCUACACACUCGAAACACACACACACAGACCAGUUCAUUGAACUCUGCUCGGAUGUCAUGCAGUUUCGCCUCUCUGCAUGUAUGCUCUCUUAUCUCUGCUCUCUUCCUUCUCUUAAAUUCAAUAUUUGUUGCGACAUAUUAGAGUAUGAGUCAAGAUGAGGAACUUAGUAUUUUGGUCUAACUUCACACUGGAUAUUAAGAUACAGUUACUCAUGUAGCAGAAGAUGUGCUAUUCCUGGCCGGCUUGUUGACGCCCUUCAAAUUGUUCAUGUUGGUGAUUUACAAUAUUUUCAUGUUUAACUAAAUGAAACAUGCCUUACUUCUUGUUAAAGGGAUAGUUUGGAUUUUUUAAGUGGGGUUGAGUGAGCUACUUACCCAUAGUCGGUGUAUUAUCUACAGUAGAUGUUGGUUGGCACGCCCUUAGUUUGGAGAAGCAGACAGGAGCACUGCCACAGAAACUAAGCAAUGUACUUCUGUGGAUGGUGGCAGCAGCAAAACUUUUCAAGCUACCUAAAAAAAUCAAGAUCACUGAAAGUUCAUAUUAUAUUCAGGGUAUUUUAAUGGCUUUACCUUGCUGUCAGACAGCCAUUUCCAACAAGUAAAUGAAGCCAUUAUUGCUGCUCUAUUCAAAGAUUCCUUUUGACAAAAACAGUAAUUUUACCUCACAGACCUCGGAAGCUGCUGGUCUACAGCUGCAUCAAUCAGGUAGUUUGCUUGAGUGAUUGUGGUUCCCAGUGACUCACAAACGUGUCAAGUUGGAAAAAACACUAUUUUCAAGUACAAUGAAUUUCCAGCAUAGAGCAUUCAUUUUGAAGUGCCGUUUCCUGCUGUAGAUUGAGUGAGUGACGGACAGCAUCUUGACAGAGACAGCAAACUAGCUUGACGACAUGGACAAACACAAGUAUGAUGCUGAAUAUUUUUUGUGGACCUUGAACUAAUGACUAAGGAGAAGGCUGGACCAGUUGGGAACCACGGUUUUAAAGGGUUUGUUGAGAGUCACCGAAGUCACACAUUAACACAAACAGAGUGAUCGAGACAGCAGUAGACCAGCAACUCCUGUGUUCUGCGAGGUAAAAUUAGUGUUUUUGUGAAAGGAGAGUGGUGGCUUUGAAGAGAGCAGAGACAACGGCUUUAGUUAACCAUCGAAGAGGGCCGUCUGAGGACAAGGUAAAGCAGUGGAAAUAUAGUGAACGCCAGUGUUUCUCAAAUGGUGUGCUGUGGCGCGCAGUGUGACGUGAUGCUAAUCCAGGUGUGCCAUGGGAUUUUGUGAUAACCUCACAUUAUUUUUGUAAUAUUCCACUGGGCCUUUUUAAGAAGUUAUGAAUGAAUUUUAAUCAGCUAUUUCAGUAUGUUGUACACAGCCGUUCCCCAAUAAAGAGGCAAACUGUAGCAAAAAAAUGUAAUUUAAUUUAAUUUCACCUCACCUAACCGUCACAGGGAACCUCUUUGUCACUGUUUGUUCAUUGGUUUGGUGUGGUAAUUUUAAGUGUGUGAUAUAUCAGAAGCCCUGAAUGUCAGCCAGUGUGAGGGAUGAUAACAAUUAAAAGGCUUUAUUGUGCAAAGAAAAUUACAACAAAGCCCCGGCAAAGAUGACCUACCACCAAAAGAAAAGAAAAAGUAGACAAUAUCACGAAAGCUACUUGUCUUCUUUUUUCUGUAUUUAUUGUCUUAUGUCGUGAUAAGAGUGGUAACACAGGUUAUAGAAGCUAUUGUGCACAGAUAUGAAUACAGAUAGGCCUUGAGAUUUUGGCUUGCGCUUUAACUGAUGUAGAUUUUUUUUAGGCGGCUUAAGUACGUUUUGCUGCUGCCCCCAUCCACAGCAAUACAUUGCUUCGUUUUUGUGGCGGUACUCCUGUCUGCUUCUCCAAACUUAGGGUGUAUCAUUUGGCUUCUACUGUGUGAAAGACGCUGACUGUGGAUAUGUACCUCAUACAGCCCCACUUCAAAACAUCUGAACUAUGCGUUGAGUCUCUCAACUGAAAAGCAAAGUGGUACCACAAUCAGAAAAUGGUUCUGGUUGUGUCUUUUUAACUGGAGCAAAACCAGUUAAAGUCACAUUAUAAGUGAUGAAUAUAGUUUUUCUAAUAUCAGAUAUUAAACAUAUCAGUUAAGGUUCUUUGUUUACGUCAAAAAUGAUAUUUUCAGUGUUUUGUGACAAUAAUCAGGUGGAUUUAACGUUCUCUAAAUGAACUGAAGAACAUCAGUGUGUUUUAAAGUCUGAACACAACAAUGAUCUGAUUUCAGACUAAUUUGAGAAUACGGUGAAUCAGCAACAUUUCAGCAGGUGCCAAUGACGCCGAGCCGAGUGCAAUUUCAUUUGUUCAAAGGAGCCCAUGAAAUUCAUAAUGAGAUGGUGCUAUGUCGACAUUGUCAGCCGCUUUGUGUAUUUAUUAACAUUUCCUUCUUCCGUCAUUUUGCUAAAUCACACUACCAUGUGGGAACGCAGCUGAAAUACCCUUUACAGCAGGAAUUUUUAACUCUUCUUAAACUAAACGUAUUUAUGUCUGCUGUCGGGACACACAGGUGUAAGCAAAUACAAUGUGGACACAUGUAUGUGGGACUACACUGCAUACAGUCAGUACAAACACACGCACACACUCAUGCAUGCAACUCCUCCUCACACACUGAGAAAUCAAUGAACCAUAACCACAACAAACUACUGGACUCUCUUCACACCUUUUUGUUUGCUUUUUUUUUUUAAAAUUGUGUAAUUUGUUUUUUGUAAACAAUGUCUGUACUGUGAAUGUGAUUCAUUCUCCGACUGUAUAGUUGUGUAUAAUUUAGAUUAUUAUAUUUAUGCUGUCAGUGUCUCCAUUUGCCUUGGUAUUUGUUUUUCUCUUUUGUUUUUUAAUCCUGAAAUGUGUUGACAUUGUAGAAUGCAAUAGCGUGUGUACUUGACUCACAGUCUGAAAACAAUGGUGCUAACUUUGGACUGUACCUGAUCUUAUUUAUUCUGUCGUGAAAACAUCACAAACAAAUGGAAUACUUGGUGCUGUACACAGGGACAUUUGUAAAAGCCAUUUUCUGGCGUUUCCUUUCUCAUAUUUAAUAUGCUAUUGUCUGGUUCUCUGAAUGCCUCGUGUACAACUGUGGGCACCACCCUUCGAUAAAACUACUCUGCAACAGCUGGCUCAGAGGUGCGAGGAACUCUGUUUCUCACGCCGUGGUUUAAAACAGAAGUCGGCUGCUUAUCUGUUAGUGAACAAGACACACUGUUUUUGUAUAUAAGUUUUUGUUUUUCCUUGUAUGUCUCUCCAUCAUAAACAGAAAGGUAUAUAAAAUAUGUAUCUAUACAGUCUAUAUAUAUGAGUAUAUAUAUAUAUAUAUAUAAGUAUAUAUAUAUAAGUGAAUAGAGGCGCUGGCAUUGUGACCUUAACUCAACCUGUUAAACAGGAGACUUGAAGCCAAGGAGAGUGAAGCAUUGCCACCACAGGACCUUAACAGAUGGUGCCUAACAACAUGGCGGCACAACAGCACCUGGAUCCUCGUGACACACCACAAAGCUGUGUGUAUUUUAACACAGACAGACAACGGUGCUGUGGCUUGAACAGAUUCCAGCACUAGAACUGUCUUCACUUUUAUCAGAUGUUUUCUUUUGUUUAUUUUUAUUUUGUACCAACCCAGAUCCUGCAGGAAAAAAUGGUGCUUCUGUUUCCAAACAAUGGCAAUUCAGAUCUUACAAACAGAAAUCUUCACUGGUGCAUACAGAACUACGUGUCAACCUCUUACACACACUGUCUGUCUUUAGCUGUCUCACAGACAAGGCCCUACCUUGUAAUGUGAGCGCGUCGUGUCACUGCAGAGACACGCUGACGUAGAGCUCUUGUGUUAGGAUGUGUGUGUGCAUCACUUUUGACGGGAGUGAGAGCAGCCAAGCUUCCUUUUUUUCUCAGAUAGUGGGAAUACACGUAAGCUCAGUUUGUGUGUGUGUGUGUGUGCUUUUUCCUACUUGCCGGUGCAUAUCUUAAGGGAAGAUUAGACUAAUAAUCAAAGCUUUAUUGUAAACUCCUGUCCUGUGCACUCUCACAUGUGUGUCUCACCUGUGAGUGUUGACGUGAAAAGAAGAAAAGUCAUUUUAGAUCAUAAUUAGAGACUAUAGUCUAUUUGUUACCAGCACUGAGAGGUCUUUUGUAAUUAUUGUUGAUGCUGUUUUGAUUUUCUUAUUCUUGGUGUUUGAUACAAUUGCAGUUACAUGUUAUGCUUUUAAUGGUGUCUUCAGAUUCCUGUCGGUUUUUAAUACUACUAGUCAGACAGACAGCACGGUGCUAUCCUUCACUUAAAACAAGGAAAUUGCAGCUAUUGAUAAAUACUACUCUUCUCCUGUUGUGCUGCAGGGUUUUAUGGUUUAAUAAUCUUCAACACGAGCUUGCCUGGCGGCUUUCUGACGGUCCGGUUUAACCUACGGAAAUUUCUCUAACCUGGAGUUGCUGUGCGGUGUGUAUGUGUCAGUGAGAAUAGCUCAUGGGAAUGACAAAACAUUAACGAUCAUUGCAGAUUUCAACCAGUUUUGUAGCUACUUAUGUAAUCAGUCAAAGGGAUGAGGUGCUGUUAUUCAAGUCCUUUGGCGUACGAGCGUGAUUUGAAUCAAAGCUUCUAUGCAGUUCUCCGUCAACGUCCAUCCUGGUACAUUAUUAAUAAUCUGUGAGAGCUUUGCAGUCGAGGCCGUUUACUCUAAAUCCUGCCAAAGGUCUUAACUCAGGAACUUCCCAGAUGGCUUGAAACGAUGUAAACAAUUUUCUUAAAACUACUGCAUGUCACAGAUUUAUUCACCAUCGUGUGACAUCAUGAAGUCCCUUUCUAACCCAGCUCAGGACCCAGACCACCUCUCAGCAAGUGAGGUCAAAUUAAAAAGUCUCACAUUCUCGCUGUCACAUACACCCGGGCGUCUCCAGUGGAAUCCAGCUUUAUGAAGCUUUACGAGUCCAGAAGCUGUGAAAUGGCUACAACUUUCAGCAUCUUCCUCAUCUCACAAAUGCCUCUGUCUAGAUUUGUGUCUCCAAAAGAAAGAGGUUCACUGUCCUCUGUUUGGGGGAGUCUCCCCACACACAGGACACGUGUGACCUGCAGUAUGUGUACAGUGAUCUCUGAUCGGUGAAGCCAGGGCAGGUUUGAGGUGCAAUAACGGCAAACCUACUUUCCAAAAAGCCCUGGGUUUUCAUGAAUUGUUACUGUUCGGUGUUGGUGCUUUUAUCCUAAGAUGUUAUAAUGAAACAAAUGGAAUUCAUGUUUUUCCCCCCUGCGUUUUAUGAUUAUUAAUAAAAAUGUUUCAUAUAAUAUUUGAAUUAA